ACUACGGCACCCAGAGUGCCCGGCGGCUUCCGGGUGGCGGCGGGGCCGCGCCCGGUGCAUGGCGGUGGCGGGGAGGAUGGGGCCGGAGCGGGUGUGUCCCGAGGAGCCGGGGCCGCCGGAGGCCCCCGAGGGAGCGGCGGGAUGGAGCGGAGACGAGGAGGAUGAGGAGGAAGAGGAGGAGGAGGAGGAAGAGGAAGAAGCGGGGGGCGGCGGGUACCUGUACCAGCCGCUGAGCCAGGAGCCGGAGCACGGCCCCGCCGCACAGCCGGGCCCCACCGCGGGCGGCGCCGAGCCGGGCCCGGGCCUCCAGGAACGGCUGCAGAUGCUGAGGCUGCACCUGCCCGAGCCGCCCGCCGACAGCGAGGACGAGGACGAGGAGGGAGGAGCGGCGGCGCAGAGCGGCUCCAUCCCCAUGGACGCAGAGCACGUGGAGCUGGUGAAGAGGACGAUGGCGGCUGUGAAGCUGCCCACGCUCGGCAUCCCCGCCUGGGCCAGCCAGAUCUCGGACGAGCAGUGGCAGGCGGUGGUGCAGCGUGCGCUGCAGGCCCGGCACGGGGCGGGCGGGCCCAGGAACGAGUGGAAGUGAAGGCUGAGCUCACACCUCCAUCGGGCAUGGGACAAACCCCCCCAUGCACACACACACACACACACACACACACAGCGAACAUCAGCCAGCACAGGUCGAGCCCAACGUGUCUUUCCAAGAGAUCGGUUUUAUUUAGUACUGUACAUACAGGGACAUCUGUACAAAAUCCAACACUUUCAUACUAUGUAAUGCUCUACUGAAAAUAAAGUACACCAUAUGUACAUAUAUGAA